AUGAUCAUUAAGAAAGAAAACAAUGAUAAUCACUAUCCAUCGCUACGAGUGAGUGAUCUAAUUCGCAAGAACAUACCCAACCUAAUAGGCCGGAACAGCAUUUUAGCCAGUGCUGCUUACGGGUCACACGCUGCUGCCGGGGCCUGGUGGGGGCAGCACUCCCAUCCGGUGCACACGGUCGGUGCGGCAAUGUAUGGCGAGGAUACAACGGGUGGACACACAGGUGUCGGAAGUCGCAGUCCUCCAUCCUCCCUACACAACGCAGCCAGCCACAACAGUUCAGGCAACCAUAUCGUGCAACAACAGCAGCAACAGCAGCAACAGCAACAACAACAGCAAGUUGCCGCAGCCGCUGCCGCUGCGGCCGCAGCUGCCGCGGUGCAACAGCAGCAACAGCAGCAGGUGCAAGCACAACAACCUACUGCGGCUCAGCAGACACCUAACUCUUCCUCAUCGACUACCGCUCAGCAACAGAGCAGUGCUGGAUCUGGGGUGUCUGUACAGUCGCAAAUUGUUCCUCCAUCCGCAGCCAGUGAAUCGCCGGGAAGUGUAAGCUCACAACCAUCAGGUCCUAUUCAUAUACCAGCAAAACGUCCUCCCGCGUUCGAUCCAGAUACCCGACUGAGGCACUCGUAUCCGUGGGGCUACGAUUCGGCAGCUGACUCCGCAUACCAUGCACAGUAUCCCCCGUACGCGCUCGCGACCGACAUCAAACCAAUGUAUUAUCCGAGCUAUCCAACCGAUGCCAAUUUCCAACCACAUCACUACUAUCCAAAGUAUGAAACGGACGCCUACAUUGCAGCAUCCACCGAGAGAUCCCGUGGGGUUACAGGGGAUCCCCCCUCGCUGCAGUCUAGUUAUGAAUCAUACAACUCGUCGGGACUGCGAUCAUACCCUGGCGAAACAUAUCCUAAUCCUGGUUCCAGUUUGUCGGUCGGCGUCACUGGUGUCGGUUCAUGUACACCUUCAAAUCCGUUGGAGUGGACAGGCAAUGUGACAGUCCGAAAAAAGCGAAAACCCUAUUCCAAGUUCCAGACACUUGAACUGGAGAAGGAGUUCCUCUUUAACGCUUAUGUUUCCAAGCAGAAACGAUGGGAACUUGCUCGAAAUCUCAACCUCACUGAACGACAGGUUAAGAUUUGGUUCCAAAACCGACGGAUGAAGAACAAGAAAAAUAGCCAGCGGCAAUCAGCACAAGCAAGUAGUGGCAGCAGCAACAACAGUUCCAGUCACAGCCAUUCUCAGGCGCAGAGCCAUCACAACCCGCAUCACCUGGGCCUAGGGUUAGGCAUGUCAGCGCUUCACGGUGCAAAAAUGCAUCAGUGA